GGGGGCGUCACUGUUGGGACUGUGGUGAUGGUGAGAUGAAGAGUAUUUAACUGUCUGCAGUGUUAAACUGCCACAUUCAGAGUCAAAUCCAGGCUUGGACCCAAAGUAAAUCUUUGUCUCUACCAUGCCGACCUGGGGUGGAGGAACAAAGUGUGCGGCGUGUGAGAAGACAGUGUACCACGCAGAGGAGAUCCAGUGUAACAGCAGGAGUUUCCACAAGACCUGCUUCAUCUGCAUGAGCUGCAGAAAAGGGCUCGACAGCACCACGGUUGCGGCACAUGAGUCUGAGAUUUACUGCAAGUCGUGUUAUGGCAAGAAAUAUGGACCAAAAGGCUACGGAUAUGGACAAGGAGCUGGAGCUCUGAGUUCUGAUCCUCCUGGACAGGAUGCAGGGCUGCAGCCUCUAGACUCUAAACCUCGACCCACCGCUUCAAAUGCCAACGCCGGGAAGUUCUCCCAGAAGUUUGGUGGUUCUGACCGAUGCCCUCGUUGUUCCAAAGCGGUCUAUGCAGCGGAGAAGGUGAUGGGAGCAGGAAAGGCCUGGCAUAAAACUURUUUCCGCUGUGCUCUGUGUGGUAAAAGCCUGGAGUCGACCACAGUGACGGACAAGGAUGGAGAGCUUUACUGUAAAGUGUGCUACGCCAAAAACUUUGGUCCAAAAGGAUUUGGGCUGGGAAAUGCUGCCAUGUUGGAGGAACGUGAAUAAAAACAUGACUCGAGUCCACACAUGGCAGCUGUUUCAGUGGAGGUUCAGACCUUAUCGUUCAUCACGGAGGACGUUUUAAAGUGAUCUUUAAAACUUGAGAAAAAGUGUGCAGCACCUAAAUAAAAUAACUUUAUUACAUCAAAA